AUGAAUGACAUCCUGGAGGCCACUUCCCCAGCGACUGGUCUGAGCGGUCCGGCUACUUGUGUGUCCAAGGUGGAGCUGCGCGUGUCCUGUAAGGCUCUGCUGGACCGAGACACUCUGAACAAGUCCGACCCCUGUGUGAUCCUCAUGGUACAGUCCAACGGCCAAUGGAUAGAGCUGGACAGAUCUGAAGUCAUCAAGAGCAACCUGCACCCAGUGUUCGGCAAAGUCUUCUGUAUGGACUAUUACUUUGAGGAGGUGCAAAAGCUGAGGUUUGAAGUGUUCGAUAUCCACGGCACCCACAGCAUCGGGACUCGAGAAGAUGACUUUCUGGGCGGUCUGGAGUGCACGCUGGGACAGAUUGUAGCCCAGAAAAGGAUGGUUAAGCCGUUGUUGCUGAAGUAUGGAAAAUACGCUGGCAAGUCUACCAUGACCGUGCAUGCAGAGGAAAUUUCUGGAAACAACGGAUAUGUAGAGCUUGCAUUCUCUGCUAAGAAGCUUGAUGAUAAGGACCUCUUCAGUAAAUCAGACCCAUUUUUGGAAAUCUACAAAAUAAAUGACGAUGAGACAGAAACACUUGUACACAGAACUGAGAUGAUUAAGAACAACCUGAAUCCUGUUUGGGAGCCGUUCAAAGUCUCUCUAAUAUCCCUGUGCAGUUGCGAUGAGGACCGAAAGCUCAAGUGCCUUGUGUGGGAUUAUGACUCCAGGGGGAAGCACGACUACAUCGGCGAGUUUUACACCAGUUUCAAGGAGAUGCAGAAGUUUUCCAGUGGUAAUAAGGUGUUGUGGGACUGUGUCAAUCCCAAGUACAAACAGAAGAAGCGCCAUUACAAGAAUUCAGGAGUUGUGAUCCUCCGUGAUCUCAAGCUCCACAGAGUGUACUCCUUCUUGGAUUACAUCAUGGGAGGAAUGCAGAUUCACUUUACGGUUGCGAUUGACUUCACAGCUUCUAACGGCGACCCAAGAAACAGUUGUUCGUUGCACUACAUAAACCCGUAUCAGCCCAACGAGUACCUGAAGGCCCUCAUUGCUGUCGGGGAGAUCUGUCAGGACUAUGACAGUGAUAAAAGAUUUUCUGCUUUGGGCUUUGGUGCAAGAAUUCCUCCCAACUAUGAGGUAUCUCAUGACUUUGCCAUCAAUUUCAACCCAGAUGAUGAUGAAUGUGAAGAGAUACAAGGGGUGGUCGAGGCCUAUCAGAACUGCCUCCCAAAGAUCCAGCUCUACGGCCCCACCAACGUCUCUCCCAUCAUUACCAGGAUAGCCAAGCUGGCAGCAGGAGAUGGAAAUAUAAAAGACGCCUCGCGGUACCACAUUUUGCUCAUCCUCACUGAUGGAGUGGUUACAGACAUGGCAGACACUCGUGAAGCCAUUGUGCGAGGCUCCUACCAGCCCUUGUCCAUUAUUAUCGUGGGUGUUGGCAAUGCAGACUUUACAGACAUGGAAAUUCUGGACGGUGACGACGGAGUCCUCCGCUCACCAAAGGGAGAGCCUGUGCUGAGAGAUAUUGUGCAAUUUGUGCCCUUCAGGGAAUUCAAAACGGCCUCACCAGCGGCUCUGGCCAAAUGCGUCCUGGCAGAGGUCCCAAAACAAGUGGUGGAGUACUACGGCCACAAGGUCAUCGCGCCCAUGUCUCCUACACGGGACUUAUCCUCGCCCAUCCUCAGCCCCGUGGCCACGACCCCAACAGAAUAA